UGGUUUUUUAAUCAUUUUAUUGUUUCUGUUUUGGUUCUGCAUAUUGUUCUUGCAUUUUGCAUGUGACAACAAGAUUAGGACAGCUUACUGCAACCACAAUCAUCUUAGUCUACUGCAACAAAAAAUAAAUAAAUUCAUGUUAUUAAGAAUUAUAUUUGUAAUGAUGUAUUUUGACUACCAAUCCAACAAUGUCUGUAUUUUAGUUAUUAUAUUUUCUGGAACUGAGACAGCAAAGCAUUUUUUUUUAAAGUUAGCUAUGUGAGAGAGAUGUUCUUUAGUUCUUAUAUCGCUGACAUGUUGGUCAGUGGGCAGAUUAAAAAAAAAGGAAGUAGAAAAAUAAAGUUGUUAAGGAAGUUGUUGAAAUGAGGAAGCCUAAGAACUUAUAUGUAGCACUUAGACAGAAGGACCUGGAUGAACUUUGUACUUGGAUGACCUGUUCAUAUGAUUAACAUUUCUCUGUAAGCCACUGAAGGAUCGAAAGAACUGAACUGUGGAAGGACCUGUCUCAGGAACACGUUCUGGUUUUCAAACUUUCAAAAAGAAGCUGCCAAGAAGUCAAGAUGGCUGACAAUGUGUAUGCAUUGCCAUUCUUCUACGGCAACAUAACCAGAGAGGAGGCAGAAGUCUAUCUGAGACAGGCAGGAAUGAACAACGGCUUGUACUUACUACGGCAAAGUCGAAACUAUCUUGGAGGCUUUGCACUGUCUGUUUCUAAUUCAGGUCGCUUCUACCACUACACAAUUGAAAGACAACCCAAUGAAAUGUAUGCUAUUGCUGGUGGUAAGAGUCACAGGUGCCCAACAGAUGUGAUAGACUAUCAUUCUCAAGAGAUGGAUGGUCUUGUAUGUCUGUUAAAGAAGCCCUGCAACAGACCCAAAAAUAUGCAGCCAAAGGUUGGUCCUUUCGAGGACUUAAAGGAAAGACUGAUCCGGGAAUAUGUGAAGCAGACUUGGAACCUGCAGGGUCCAGCCCUUGAACAGGCUAUCAUCAGUCAGAGGCCUCAGCUGGAGAAACUCAUUGCCACCACUGCUCAUGAAAAAAUGCCCUGGUUCCAUGGAACAAUAACGCGAGAGAGCUCUGAGCCCAGGCUUCAGAAUGGUUCCCGAACAAAUGGAAAAUUCUUAAUUCGACAGAGAGAUCAAAAUGGAUCAUAUGCUUUAUGUUUACUGCAUGAAGGUCAAGUGAUGCAUUAUCGCAUUGACAGAGACGGCACCGGAAAGCUCUCCAUCCCUGAUGGAAAGAAAUUUGACACCUUGUGGCAGUUGGUGGAGCAUUACUCCUACAAACCAGAUGGCUUGUUACGAGUACUCACAGAGCCAUGUCCAAGACCUGAUGGUGAAACUGUGCAAAUAGGGCGACCAGUACCUCCACUGAACCAUCCUGGAUUAGGUUCUGCCAUUCAAAAUGCAGCAGAUGGUCUUCGCUCCAUGCUUGGUCAGCUCAACAUAUCUGGAAAAAGGAGUCGUAGACGAAUCGGCAACACAGACCUUAAUCCCUAUGAAACUAGGAUGUCCAAAGAGGCAAUGCCAAUGGACACAGAGGUAUAUGAAAGUCCUUAUGCAGAUCCUGAUGAACUGAGGAGCUCCACCGUGGAUCGCAACCAGCUUUUCUUGGAGGAUGGAGAAUUGGGCUCAGGAAACUUUGGCACUGUCAUGAAAGGAAUCUACAAAAUGAGAAAGUAUGACACAGCACUUUGGUACAAACAACAGCACUCCUUCUGUCUAUUUAUUCAGAAAACCAUGAUUAAUUACAACCUUCAUAUAUUCACAAAGAGUUCAGUCAGCAUUUGUCAUCACAAAUCAUUCACUCAAAUGAAAAGGCAUGGAAAUCUUACAAAACCCAUCCUUGAUCCAAAUCAAGGUUUUGCAAUAAAACUGAAGCAAAUUUAUGGAAGUUCAAUCAAUCAAUCAAUCAAAUUUGAUUUG